AUGGCAAAAAAUAUUCUGCUGUCAUUUCCAAUGCCUGUGGCUAAUUGAAAGAUAUACAGAAAACCUUGGCAGAUACAUCAGAAAAAACUCGUGGCAAAAGACGUAUGGAGCAAGAUAGUAGGGAUCAAAGACAACACUGAAAAGUGACUGAAAGAGAAAGAAAUGAUGGAACAAAAAGCAAGAGACGCUAUAAUACUUGAUAAAAAAGACAGAAAGGAAGCCUUAAAACACAUAUCUUCAGGAAAAGGGGACGGGUUCUUAGUGAGGAGAGAUUUGAGCUCUAAAGAUGGCCAGCUGAUCAAGAAAAUGAAUGUUUUAUCAGAACAAACAGGAAUGCAAGCCGCCAAGUCUAAGAAAGAGUUUAAAAUGAAAUCUACCAAAACAGAAGUCUCUAUUAUAAGCACGAAAAACUUCGAGCCAAUGAAGAAGGAGAAAUCACAUCGACGCUCUUAUUAA